ACAAUGUAAUUUGGGGCGGUUUUCGUUACAGAUUAUAUAAAAUCAGAUAUAAAUCUGGAAUUUCUUUGUUAAACUUUAAAUUGCUUCAUGAAGAUGAAGACUUUAUUGAUCUUAUCCUUAUGCUUCACCGUCGUUGCCUCUAGGUAUUCUCCUACGUGGGAAUCUGUUGACAGUAGACCCAUACCUCAAUGGUACAACGAUGCUAAAAUUGGUAUCUUUAUGCAUUGGGGUGUAUUUUCAGUUCCCUCUUUUGGAACUGAAUGGUUUUGGAACCGAUGGAAGAGUGGCGACCCAUCUUUUGUAAAUUUUGUUAAGAACAAUUAUAGACCAAACUGGACUUAUGCAGACUUUGCAAGAGAUUUUACAACCGAAUUCUUUAAUCCAGAUGACUGGGCGGAACUGUUCAAGGCUUCUGGUGCGAAAUACGUUGUUCUAACUAGUAAACAUCACGAAGGCUUCACUAAUUGGCCUUCGAAUGUUUCGUUCAAUUGGAAUUCAAAAGCAGUUGGACCAAAUAAAGAUCUAGUUGGAAUGUUGGCAGAUUCAAUUAGGGCAAAAACUGACAUUCAUUUUGGGAGUAAAGCUCUACCAGAACUAUACGAAUUGGUUAUGAAUUACAAACCCGAAGUUAUCUGGUCGGACGGAGAUUGGGAAGCAUCAUCCGCCUAUUGGAACAGUACUGAAUUCUUGGCGUGGUUGUACAAUGACAGUCCCGUUAAAGAUACUGUCGCCGUAAACGAUAGAUGGGGAAAUGACGCUACAUGUAAGCAUGGAGGUUAUUAUACAUGUUCGGAUAGAUUCAAUCCAGGAACAAUUCAAAAGCAUAAAUUCGAAAAUGCUAUGACUAUUGAUAGAAGCUCGUGGGGUUAUAGAAGAGAAGCUAAAUUAGAGGACUAUUUAACUAUUGAAACUUUGCUAGAAACUUUAGCUCAAACUGUUAGUUGUAAUGGUAAUUUAUUAAUGAAUAUUGGACCAACUAAAGACGGCCGUAUCAUACCCAUUUUCGAAGAGAGAUUAAGGCAAAUGGGAAAGUGGUUAGGAGUAAAUGGAGAUGCUAUCUACGAGUCCAGACCAUGGAAGAGAGCUAACGACACAAUGACUAAAAGAGUAUAUUACACUAUGAAACCGGACGCAGUAUACGCCACAUUCUUUAAUUGGCCAAUGAAUGGUCAAUUAAUGUUGAAGAGCGUUACUCCAAUGCCGAAUACUAAAGUAUCGCUACUAGGUUACUCUGGAAAUCUUAUGUUUAAAAAUUUAGAUAACCAAGGUAUAUCCGUUUCAAUUCCGGCAUUAAAUCCAUCUCAGAUACCAACACCAUGGGCUUGGCUCAGUCGUUUAAGCAGUUACAUGAAAGAAAUGUUGCAUACUUUCCGAGCCGUUGUACUCGAUAAGUUAAAUUCUGUACAAUCCUUCCUUAUUGACAAUUUGAGUCAAGUCACUGGCAGAGAUAUCCAAUCUUUAAUUGAUGAUAAUGGCAAUGCAUUCAAAGUAAUCUUGGGGUCGUCUGUUUGCAUUGUAAUUGCUAUUUAUAUAUCGAGGAGAAAGCGGAAGAUUUCUAAAGAAAUACCUGGACCUGCAGGUUGGCCAAUAGUUGGAAACUAUUUCGAUAACAGAGACGCAGAAUUUCACAAUAGAAUCGAUCAAUGGGCGAAACAAUUUCAAGGAAUAUUCCAAGUCAAUUUACUGUCUAAAAAACACAUAGUUGUCACCUCAUUAAAAGGACUUCAGGAGUGUCUCCUGGAAAAGUCCACCGACUAUGCAGGAAGAUCAGAAACAUUCAGAUUAUCACUUUCAUACGAUCUUCCGAAUGAUUUAAUAUUUACAAGUUUCUCACCCGAAUGGAACGCAAGGAAGAAGUUGGCUAUGAAAUCAAUGAAGAUGUAUGGAGAAGGCUUGGAAGAUCUCGAAAGGGUAACUGAUCAAGUACUCGAUGACUUUUUCAAAAACAUCGAUGAAAAACAAGGUCAACCUUGGGUGAUUAACGAAGAUAUCAUCAAUUGUUUCGUCAACAUCAUCUUUACUUUGGCUCUUGGAAAACGAUUACCAUGGAAUGACCCAGCAAUAGGUUUCUUGAAGAAAAAUUUCGAUGCUGCCACUCCAUCUCAAAUAUCACCGGAAGGGAUUAUUUUGGACAUAUUCCCUUUCUUAUGGAAGAUGAAUUUUCCAAGCAAAAUAUGCUCGGAUUUACAAAAAGGUUUAGACGCCAACAAAUGGUUUAAGAACGAAAUUGACGAACAAUUGAAAACAUUCGAAGCCAAUAAGCCACGUGGCUACUUGGACCUAUUCUAUCAAGAAUAUCUAAAUGAGCAGAAAUUGGAUUCAAAGACAAAGAUAUCUUAUCCUCAACUUGUUAUGAUGACUAUUCAAACUUUGAUUGCCGGAUAUGCCACUACUGCUACUGCCGUAACUUGUUUUAUUCAAUUAAUGCUAAGAUAUCCAGAAAUUCAAGAAAAGAUUUAUCAUGAAAUCAUUGAUAAUGUAGGAAAUGAUAGACGUCCAAAUAUCAAUGAUAAAAAUAAUCAUCAUUAUCUAAUGGCUACAAUUUAUGAACUUUUGCGAUUUACAAGUCACGUACCGUUUUCCGUUCAUAAAUCUAUUAAAAAUACUACUUUGCUGGGAUAUGAAAUUCCAAAGAACACAACGCUGAUUACAUUCUUUUGGGGUCUACACCACGAUGAGAAAAUCUUUCCAGAACCGUACAAGUUCAAGCCUGAAAGAUAUUUAGAAGAAAAUGGAGAGUUUGUUGCACCCGGACAUCCUUGCAGAAAAGCUCUAUUUGCCUUUGGAGCCGGUAGACGUGUUUGCUUGGGAGAAACUUUGGCAAAGAAUCGAUUGUUUCUUGUGAUAGGAGCAUUGGUUCAGAACUAUAAAUUCCUUCCAGGAAAUGGUAAGGACAUAGGAGAGGAUGUAGAUCCUAGAGACUAUAAAUUUGGAAUCGUACUCAAUCCAGGAGAUCUAAAUGUUCGAAUGAUAAGGAGAAACGGUAAAACUUAG